AUGACCGCUCCCACGCUCCUGCGACGCGCACCCCCGGCGACGGGAUCCGCCGCCACCGCCGUCGCCGCUCCCUCCCCUGCCCAACCACACCAGCCAAAUCGCCUCUCCUCGCCUGCUACCUCGGCCUCCCCGCCCUGCCCGCCUGGUUUCGAGCGGCCGCUAGCUGGCCGCGGGCUGGACGCGGAUCUGCAGAUCCCGUCAGAUCUGGAGUCUGAGCGCCGCGCUCCGCUGUCCUCCGGUUCCGAGGCCGUCCCGGACUCGCUGACCCGGGGAGCGUCGUCUGCGCCGGACGAGCCAGGCGCUGCUGCACGCAAGGUAAGAUUUGCUGCCCAAGAUCUGCAGGUGGAUUCGGCCAUCAAUGCCAGUCAUGGCGCGCCGCGGCCUUGUCUCAAGAAGUCAAGGGCUACCUCUGCCCCCGCCAUCAAUGCCUGGGCACCUGACAUCCCGGUGCUCCGCGCGGCGGAGACUGUGCUGCCUGGGCUACCUUCCCUCCUAGCGCGGUCGCUGACGGAGACUGCUCAGGGUCAAUCUGUGCCCAGCAUUCAUGAGGACAUUCAUGGUGGUUGGGUGGAGGUCAAGCCGCCGUACUGGUGGAGAACUAAUGCCCGCACCAACCGCGUCUGCCGGUAG